CAAGCACUGUGUAUAAAGCAGACUGAUGGCCCUUAGGUAGCUCCUGGGCUGAUUUUUCUAGAGGUGCAGUUUAAGAAAAUUUGUUAGGUCAAUUGACCUUGUUCCAAACCAGACAACGCUGGUUAAGUUAUUUAGUUCAACAAAGCUUUUAGACCACCUGUGAGAAAAGGUAUCUGAAAAAUGUCACAUAUGUGUGAAGUCACCCAAGUGGCAGACAAACAGUAUAAAUGUAGAGAGAAGUCAGGUGUGUUAGGAAUGGUCCAGGAAUAUCAAGAAGGAUGACAGAAACAUGGGGUGAACUAGAAUCCAUUACUCUGUCUUCAUUUUCUGCGAUGGAUGAUUCAUUCAUCUGUGACUCAUUGGGAAAAAGUGAUCAUCAUGUCGAUGUUGUCGGAGAGCGAGCGGUGCGGCUGCCGGGAGAUCCUCCAGUUCCUGGGUCAGUGCGAGCUCAUGUCGGUGGCGGACACCGUCACCAACAGGAUGUUAAAGAUCGAGAACUGCGCAGAAGCUAUGAGUGCGAUACUGAGUUAUAGCCAGAGUGCUGAGGAGCUGCUGAAAAGGAAGAAGAUCCACCGUGAGAUACUGUUUCAGUACUUGGCAAAACAUAAUAUUGUGAUUUCUGCUAAUGCAGAGAAACAUCAACUAAUUCAGAGAAUUAUUGACUAUUGGAAGGAAAGUACCACUACUUCCCAGAAAAGUAAUGCCUCUGAAAGCUCAUCAGAAAAUGAUACAUCACAAGUUGACUUAGCAACAAAUUACAAAAAUGAUUACCAGGCAAUGGGACUACAAUUUUGUAAGUGGUUUUAUCACCUUCUGAACACCCAGAAUCCUUUACUAAAAGAACAUUCAACAGAGUGGGGCCCACAGCAUUUUUGGGAAGAUGUGAAACUUAAGUUUUCAUACCGAACUUUAGAGCAGCGGAUGGAGGAGUACUCUGGUGCGGUUAUGGUCAGCCUCCGUUUAUUAGCACUGACAAAGGAUGAACAUCUGUUCCUGAACCCCAACCUGACUGGUGGUGGACUAAAGUGUAUCCAUUCACCUCAUGGAUUAGUUAUUAUUGCAGUGGCUGGCACAAUUCACCGAGAUUCAGUCUGCCUAGGAAUUUUUGAGCAAAUCUUUGGUCUUAUCCGCUGUCCAAGUAAUGAGAAUAAUUGGAAGAUGAAAUUUAUUCAUCUCAAUAUCACAGGCCAAGGUGCAAUGUCAGUAACUCUUCAAUCUGGUGAGGCUUUGCAGCCGCCCAUUGUCAAAUAUGAAUCUGCUGAGUUACUACAAGUCUUUGAAGAGAAUCCAGUGGCAGUUCAUGAUUGAGGAUGUGACAUGUGUUAGACUGCAGUGGAGAACUGCUUUAUGAACAUGUAAUGGGGCUUUAAACAUACAGCGGUUGAUAAGGCAAUAUGUUGCAAUGCCACCUAUACUUCAUUUCAUGAUGAAAUGUAACUACAAGUGCUCCGGCUAAAUAAUUAAAAACAGUUUGAAUUUAUUGUUCAUGUUGUGAUUUAAUUGUUCAGGCAGUAUUACCAAAAAUGCAUGGAUAUGCUUUAUUUUUCCACAAAGUGCAGACUGUUAUUUCUACAAGUUCUUUAUUUCUCCAGUCUCUCACCACAUUUACUAGUUACAGAUACACUCGUUGUUUUAAAGGUUGUAACUUCUCAACACCAUUUGAGUCUCCUGACUACUAGUAGCACCAAUUGCUCAAGUCAAAAAAAUAUUAAACAUAUUUCAACAUUUUGUUAAUAUACUUUUUUUGGGCAAUGCAACUUUUGAUAGUUAACACCUUAGAAAGGAUAUUGCAGACUUAAUGAAUCUAUGAUGGAAUCUGUAUGUAUUGUAAAUACACGUUAUAAAGACAGUUCAAGGAACUGUCUGUUGUAUUUGAUGUGAAGGAAACAAUAAAACUGAUUUGAUGUCAUA